AUGGGCCGCGCCUGUGUGGCACAGAAGCUGGGCGCCACCGCCCUCACCAACGCGGCGCGGAAAAUUUCGGGUGCUUUGUGGGUUUACCAGCUCCUCACCAACUUUGCGGCGCCAGGCUGCACGGUGCCCGGAGUGCAUGCUGAGGUCCUGGUGCCGCGCAUGGUGCUGCAGGUCCGGGGCACCAAGUGCGAGGUGGUGUGUGGGCUGCGCAUCACGGGGCAUUUGCAGGAAGGGCAACGCCCAGCCACAUCGGAGGAAGGUGGCGGCAGCAGCGCCGAAAACGAGUCCGGCACGGAGACGGCCGACGAUCCCUCAGGCACCUCCUCGGACCUCGCGGAGACGCAGGAGAUGUGCGUGGACUGGUCUCCGUGGAUUCUCAAAGCCCAAGAGAAGCAGGUGCCGCGCCUGGACAUCACCAGGCGGCCAAAGUCGCCUAAGGUUGUGGUGACAGAGUUGCAUGUCGAAGAGGGCCAAGGCCUGUCCCCACGGUUGCGGCCGCGGAAGUGGUGGGCAGAGCCUUCCGGCGCCGCCGAGCGGCUCCUGCCAGAGGGCGUGGCAGCAAAGCCGCAAAAGCUGCCUCUGAUCGGCGAGCUACGGGCAUGGCGCCCGAAAGCCGACCUGGAGCGAGGCUUGCAGCGCAGCUGGGGGCGGGAGAAGCCCGCGGAGCCGAGGCUCCCGCAGAUCGGAUCCAAGGUGGCACCAGCUCCGCAGAUGUGGGUGCUGGCGCCGCAAACGGCACGUGCCCAGAUGCUGAAGAGCGUGGACUGCCACAUGCUGAAGAAGUCCCAUUGGCUCUGGUGCUUUCUGCUGGAGGGCGGGCCAAGGCCACCAAGCGUCCCAGCCACGGUGGAGGAAAAGCUUUGCUGCCUCCAGGAGCACUUUGAACGGCUUUACUCCCAGGUGGAGCGCAGCUGCUUCGCGCAAUGGGUGACCUUGAACUCCGCAUCUGAGAGCCAGAACCGACCGAUGCGCACUGGAAGCUACACCGGAGGCGGCGGAUGCCUGAGGCCGCCUCAGUGGAAGGCGGACAUGGAGGCCGUGGAGAAACCGCAGAGCGCGCAGCCGGAGUUCUUGCAUGCCGCGACCUGUGAGCAUUGCCAGGGCCCGCUGGUGCGCCAGGAUCUCGAGGGCUCCAUGAUGGCGCUGGUGUGGAAGACUCCAGUCUGCAUCCUCUGCCUCCGCUGCGGUUUCGGCAAACCCGACGACGGCACUCGCGCUGAGAUGCUGUCGGAGCAGGUCCUUGAGGUGACCACCUCCCUGCUGGUGCGGCCCGGGCAGGCGGAGCAACUGCAGCGCUGCAUCGUGCGAGUGCUGCGCCUGGAGAACAACUGCUGCUGUGUCGCCAUGCCCCGCGAGGCUAGCUCGACGCGGCCAACCCGGAGCCUGUCUCGGGUGGCCUCCGUGUCCUUCGCGGCGCCCUCUGCCGCCAUGGCCGCGGCGGCUACAGUGGUGAAGAGGUCCCAGCUGGAUGCGCACGAGAGGAGGUCGAGGCCCUUUGCAUGCGAUGAGAGCUGGAUCACGAACAGCCUUGCCGACACAGGCUUAGACCUCUACUACGGGAAGGUGCGUCAGCUCUCAGUGGAGGUGGCCCUAGAGGAGUUGGACGACAAGCGCAUGCUGCGUCUCCGCCAGGAGGUUUCUCCCAUGCUGCUGUGGCUGGAGCUGGCGUAUGUGCUGAGCCCCGAGUUCAGCCUCAUCCUCUGGAACCGGGCGCUGAUCGAGGUUUUCGGCUCGGUGACGCUGCCCGCUGCGAUACUGAUGCGCAUGAACAUCAACAGGCUGCGCCAUGUGGCGGGGGUCGGGCCCAUCCCUACCCAGGAUCCAGACACUGCGGCUCCAGCCCGGUGGCCGCUGAAACUCCACCGGGUGCUGCUGGCUCCUGCGCCCACCUGGCAGGAGACCCUGGCGGUGGCCAUGGAGGGAUCAGGCCUCAUCCACGGAGGCCUGGAGGCGCUGUUUCAGAUGGGCCAGAGCUUUCAGGAGCAGCACUACAGCGGGGCGGACGAGGCGUUCGCCAAGGAAAUGGUGGAGGGCAUGCAGGAUGUGGACAAGACGUCGGUGAACACCAUCAUGACUAUCCUUUCAAAGACCAGGAGCGCCUUUGGCAGCAACCCGCGGGCGCUGCUCCAAGCGCGGCGGAUACUGAAGAGGAAGCAGGUCUUCCUUUUCCUGCGGGGCCUGUACGAGACCAUCGUUGCUGGCCACGGGGCGAAAGAGUGGCUUCGGGUGGGCACACAACAGGGGGAGGAGAGUGACGACUCUAGCAACAGUGACUUCAAAGACGAAGAGGAGCGCGCCUGCGAUGAUGAGGACUUGAGGAUCCACGCACCGGUGGAAGUGGAACGGCAGAUGGAGAAGCAGAACCAUCCGCAAGGCCUCACCAUCAUCAAGGUGCUGGGCCAUUUCAGCGAGUACAUCCACUUCUCGCAGAUGGCCCUCAUGUGCAUCCAGGUGCUCGGCGAGAUGCUGCGGGCGGCCCUUCGCCUCAAGGAGAGCACCGUGCGCCCCCGCGGCUCCAACUUGGCGUCGGAUGCCGCGCAGAGUGUGGUAUUGGAGCAGGUGAUUUUAAACCACAACUUUGUGCCGACUGCCCUCCGAGCGCUGUAUCGACACCCGAGCUCCCCUGACAUUGUCAAGGAGACAUUGACGCUGCUGAAAUAUCUGGUCAAUGAGGACGCCGGCCAUAAUGAGCAUGUGCAGGCCCGGCAGCAGCUUUCCUCACCGCCCUUGAAGCCCUUAACGCUGAUGCUCACCGUGUCGAAGCUUAGCGACUUGGAGGAUCGCGGCAACCUGCUGCUUUGCCUCCAGGUGUACCUGAUCAUAGCCCAGGACGGCCAGGGCAAGCCGGUGGUAAGUUUACCGCCGGAGCGCGAGCCCGAAGCGGCCUUGAUUAUGACGACUGUGUUCAAGGCGCAUUUCCACGACCAGGCAGUGGUUGAGCUUAUGCUGAAGAUCCUGCAGCUGUCUUGCGAGCAGCCGCAGCUCUGCCGCCGGCUCUUUGAGCAAGGCCUCACCGGGGUGCUGCGCAGCUUCCUGCGCAAGGCCCGAAGAGGCAAGGUGCACGACUCCUGGUUCGAGGACGUGAAGACUCGCAGAGGCAUGAAGGUGGCUGGCGGCAAGGGGAUUGGGUCCUUGAAACGCGCCAAGGAGAUCGCGCAAGCGCAGCUCCGCGUCACCGAAGCGCUGCGCCGCGCCGAGAAGCGCUGCUGGCAGAUGCUGCGAAAGCUGGCAGUGAACACCGCGGGGCUGCAAGGCCUUGGAUCUGAGGUGGAUCCCAACUACCGUGCAGACGCGUCCAAGUCCAUUGCCCAGGCUUUGCAGGAGAUGCGCGAAGAGCGAGGCCCCCAAUGGCUGCUGGCGGUUGAAUACUUGGAGGCGGUGCUGGUCUAUGACCUCGCAUCGCACGGCCACUUCUUUGCAGAGCAGGGCGGCCUUGCGCUGGUCAUGGCGGAGCUGCCGUACGGCCAGGUCGAUGCAGUAUACCCCCUGCUGGUGGCGGUCUUGCGCUUGCAGCUGAGGAGGAUCCCUGCAGCACCGCAGUCCCAUGUGCUCUCGGACACCGAGGAGGUGGAUAGACGUCGCAGCGACAGCUUCCCCCGGUGCAGGGACGCUGAGCUGCGGCCUCUGGCGCAAAGGGUGGGGAAGCGCCGGAAGAGCGCGCCAGACUUCGAGCAUGGCAGAGAGCACCGUCGAGUGCCUCGUGAGCAAUGCCAAGGAAACCUUUGCCAAGAGCAAUGCAGUGUCGACUUUGUUAUGGUCUUUGAUGCUGGUGAAGGAUCAGGCUCUUCAGGACGGCAUGCUGCGGGUUCUCUCUGAGCUGUUGCAGGAGUCCGUCUUGGGCGCCGAAGAUGCAGCAACGGAGUUUCAGAACUUCGACGGCAUGUCGGCCGGCGGAGCGCAAGUGAUUCUGGACCUCUUG